AUUUGGUCAAGUUUACAACCUUUAUUUAAGUCCAAUGUCUCAAUGCUUGCUUAGACUCUGAUCUCUUCGUCUUGUUCGACCUAGCCGUGUGAAAGACGCCAAGACGAGGAUCGCAAAGCACAAUGAUUAAAGUGCCGGUUUAUUCAAACACUGAAUCGGAAACUUAUGAUACUUUCUUCGAAAGUAUCAGAGCAGGAAAUGUCAGCAAAGUCAGGACGUUGCUGAUGCCUGAAGAAGUUCGUCAGCUCACAAUUUGUAAGAAUGAGGAUCCAUUGCCAAUCUAUGAUUUCUAUCACGUUCCAUAUUUUUAUCGCCUCAAGCACAUGGAUAUCAACAUACAGGAGGUGGACACUGGUGUAACACCAAUUCUGCUUGCAACUAAACUAGGUAAUAAGCCGCUAGUUUAUUCAAUUAUUACAUGCUCUGGUUCAGUCUCAGCUAAAGACUACAUGGGGAAUACAGCUCUGCAUCUAUCAAUUUUGAAUGAAAGACCUGAUAUUAUGGACCUGCUACUCUGUAACAAAGCAGAUGUGGAUGCUACGAAUGAUACCAACGAUACGCCACUGCACAUUGCGUGCAGACAGAGCAAGACUGGAAAUAGGUUUAUUAUACUCAAGUUGCUUAAGGCUGGGGCUGAUGUUUAUAAGAAAAACAAGGAAGGUCUAACACCUAUGGAUCUGGCUGCAGUUCACAAUGGCAUUGAGGCUGUAUCACUGAUGCUGGACUACCACCAGGACCUCGCAGCACGCUCGCCACGCUCGUUGAUCGAGGCUGCCAUCAGGGGCAACGACCAGGUCCUCGAGCUGCUGCUCAACUUUGGCAUGGAUCCAAACCUCGUCGUCCGCGAUAGUAAGACGGGGGCGCUGCACGAGGCGGUGCGGCACGUACGAUAUGAUGCGGUCAGACUGCUGCUUGCUUUUGGGGGUGAUGCAGAUCUUGAAAAUGGAAGAAAUGAGACCCCAAGGUCAUUGCUUGCUGGCUACCCACCCCUGAAGGCAGAUGUUUUCGUCAGACUGUUAGAAGAGUACGAGCACAGGCCGCGUCAGAUCCCGCUCUAUGCAGACAGUGAGGAGGAUGAGAGGCUGCUGAUGAGUCCAACACUACGUGACAAAGGCACGGCACCCUGGCAGGGAUAUGAACAACAGGAACAAGAGGUUACUUGUCUACUGGAUAACGAUAUGGACUGGACCAGACUUGACAGUUCGUUUUGUGGCAACUACAUGGAAAUGAACCCGAACACCAACCUUCUCGAUAAUGAUCCAUCCUCCUUCUGGGUCAUCCCAAGUUUGAAAGAUGCGUGGGUUGUGUUUGACUUCGGCAGCAAAUAUACGCUGAGUGGCGUUCGCAUAUAUGGCUGGGACAGUCCUCAGAUGAUAAAGACUGUGCAGGUGCAGAUAUCUCGUAGCGGAGUCGACGGUCCGUACGUCACUGUGGCCACGAUCAUCUGUGAUAGAUACGGCAGCGACGACCCGGCUGAUCCUGCGGAACCACAGGAUCUUCAAGGUUUCAGGGAGACCUCGCGAUACUGGCGUCUCCUGGUUAUUGACGGCCACGGGGGGCGCUGCCUCUGCUUUCAGGGCGUUCAGUUUUACGGCUACGAUCGCGAGGUGUGGAACUUCUUCAAGGAACUGGGGCUGGAAGAGUACGCACUGAUGUUCAUUAACUCGGGCUACAACAGGCACAGCUACCUCGCUGAUAUCAGACAGGAAGACAUUAUGAACGUGAUAGAGGACAAAGAUAAGGCUGCCCAGCUGCAAGCUGCUGUUCAGGACAGAUGUCAGAGAGAAGGAAGGCCACUGUCAUAGAGACAGACAUCUCUGUUCUGUGCGGACCGAACAACUAGCUCUCUCUCUGUCUGUGGCUUCUACCAUGGCGUGGGUGCAGCGGGGACUUGAGAAGGAAAUUGAAGGCCUAAUCUGACUUAAGUGUUUGUUUAUUUUAGUGCAUAUUUUGUCUUGUCUACCGUUUGGUAAAUUUCGUAGUUAACUAGGUGUAUCUGUGCACUGUUAUAUAGUUUUAGUGGCGCUGAGAGGGUCUAUGUCCCCAGGGUACUAUCGGAGGGUAUCCUGGGUAUGGUUCGAUAUAUCG